AUGUUCGAACUGGGAGAAAGUAAGCCGGAAAUCAAAUCGAAAAGACCGUCUAAAUCGGCUUCGCUGGUUAAGCGACAGGAGUUAUCUGACAAGACUUCAUGUAUUCCAUUGGAUGUUGGUGUUUGGGUGUGCAGAGUCUUCUUGACUUGUCGCUGGCGUUGGUCCCGUUCUAGAGUGCCAGCAAGUAAGUUGCAGGCGAGACGACAUUUCGUUGUCUUCGGAUCCAACAAGGUAACCAAGCGGCGAAACCCAGACAUACCCAGAACCGUUCUCAGCUCUCCCAUUGCUUCAAAGGGAGCACCGGAUAGAGCAUUGCCAGAGUGCCCUGUAUUCGUACUCAUGUGGAAAGGUGAACCGCCCAAAGGUGUACGCGAACCGCGCACACCUCGCUUAGCCAUUGAGAAGCUAGUUGACCCAGAAACCAAACGAAACUAUCAGAAACAGCUCCUCGAAUGCCUGCCGGACGGUACGGUGUCGGAUAUAAACGAUCACUGGGAAAAAAUAUCCAACGCGUUACUCAAAGCAGGAGCGUCUGCUUGCGGUACAACCCAGCCAACCUCAUCCAAGCAUUGGAUCUCUGAUAGAACUGUCUUUUCUGGAGACCCGGCGACAGAUCCCACCUGGUCGCCACCACAACUCCACCCGGCGCAUCAUUCGACGCCAGGUGAAACUGAGUGUCCGCGCAGACCGAGAAGCUUGGUCGAAGAAAUGGAAGAUGCAAAGAAUGCCGGAACCCUGCCCCUAGCCUCUGACUCGAAAGUCUGA